AUGAGUCCAAGGCAUAACCACGGUGGAGAGGACUAUUUUCAGGAUGACGACGUCACGAUACGUUCUUACCAUGAUCUCGGUCACUCGUUGACUGGCCGCAACGAUGGCAAUCAUGGCGACAUGUCCAUGGUCUUCCACGGUGGCUAUACGGAGACUAUCCUGUUCGAGUUCUGGCGCUGCGACACACGGCUGGCGUUGGCCGUCUCCUGCCUGUGUAUCUUCAUGGUGGCCAUUCUCUACGAGGCGCUCAAGUACUUCCGCGAAUAUCUGUUUCGAAGGCGCAGACGGAGGUUAGAGGGGGGCCGCGAUAACUACAAUCCUCCCCGUUACCGUCAUUCCAAUUACUACGACUACUAUGCGCAGCGGCAGCCACAGCGCCAUCCACAGCGCCAUCCACAGAUACAGAUACAGCCUCAGCCACAGAUACAGCUACAGCCACAGCCAAGGAUCCAGGACAUUCAGGCAUAUGUGUAUCGACCUCCUCCAGUGCGCCGAUCAUCGCCGGCUCCAUCGACGGCACCACCGCCCACAAACCUAUCGGAUGGUGAGCCCAUGACCACAUUGGACGACCGGGCCACGUCCUCAUCAAGUGAUCAAACCGUACAGAUAUCUGUCGCUAACUCUGCGACAACAUCGGACGCUCAAGCAAUGUCUGCAUCGAGCACCCAAAACCCGUGGGCCACAUCGGGGUCUGGGGCCUGGCCGCGGAUCGGAGUAUCAGGUAACCCCAGAAUGGGUGGCCAAGCAAUGUCCACAUCGAGCGCCCAAGGAGUAUCGGCAUCAAACGCUCAUUCGCACGUUCAUCCACCCGGUCCGCCAGGACCAACCCGCCUCCUGCCCGCCGUUGAGAACCAGGAGCCGAGCAGGCCCCUCACGUGCGAUUUGUACCUCUCACCGCUGCACAUUGCCCAGACCUUUCUGCACAUGCUGCAGGUGCUGAUCUCCUUCCUGCUGAUGCUCGUCUUCAUGAGCUUUAAUGUGUGGCUCUGUGCCGCCGUGCUGGUUGGCGCGGGAGUUGGCUACUUCCUCUUCUUCCCCCUGAGCAACAAUGUUCAGGAGCACUGCAACUGAGGCGAGUCCUGAGCACAGAGAGUCCAUGUUCCAUGUCUUGGCUA